AUGGGCCUCACAUUUUCACGAAACUACGCCGCUUAUGACCAGACAUAUCCACCCAAGGCGGUUUGGUCUGUUGAUGAGAUUCCGGACUUGACUGGGAAAGUUGCUAUCGUGACCGGCGGGAAUUCCGGGAUAGGAUACGAGACGUGCAAGCAACUUCUCCCUCACAACGCCAAAGUAUACAUGGCGACGCGGAACGAAGGGCGAGCGCGAGCUGCCAUAGAUCAGCUCAAGAUCGAGACUGGCAGUGAGGCGAUCUUCCUCAAGCUGGAUCUAGCAGAUAUGAAAUCGGUCAGACAAGCGGCUGGGGAGUUUCUCGCCCAGGAGGACGCAUUGCAUAUUCUGAUCAAUAACGCCGGUGUCAUGAAAUGCCCGGUCAACUGGAUCACCGCGGAUGGGUACGAUAUGCAGUUUGGAUGCAACGUCCUUGGGCAUCACUUCUUCUCACAGCAGUUGCUACCCGCUUUACUGGCAGGGACAGACCGCACUGGAGAGAAAUCGCGAGUAGUGACCGUCUCGUCUGUCACAAGCUACUUUGGACCUGGCCUUAACUUCGAUACAUUCAUGGAUUGUAAGAGACGGAGGUGGACGCCUUCGGAGCUCUUGUACUGUCAUAGCAAGCUUGGGAACGCGAUCGUCUCUCGCGAGUUUGCGAGGCGAUACGGCGAUGAGCUCGUGUCUACAUGUGUCAAUCCUGGGAAUAUCGACACAACACUGUACAAGCAUUUCAGCAGGGUACAUAUGUUCUUCGUCUCGCCAGCGACGGGUGCUCUCACCCAGCUAUACGCGGCCACAGCACCAGAAUGCGCUGACAAGAACAGCAAGUUCCUCGUACCCUGGGCACGCGAGGCGCUUCCCAGAUCACAAGUUCUGGAUCCAAAGCUUGGUGCGCGGUUGUGGGAUUGGCUGGAGGGCGAGUGCGCGAAGUACGGAGUCGCUACCUGA